AUAUCAAAACCCCCCAUAGCACCCCCAGAGAUAGACUAACUUCUGAUAUUAUAAUCAUUCAGGAGACCUAGGAUCUACCGCAAAGGAGGUCGAAGAUGCAUUAUCAAUUAAUUUCUCUUUGGUCAAUCGCUGGGGUUGUAUUCUUCUCCUUGACGAGGCUGAUGUUUUUCUUGCAUCAAGAAGAAGAGAGGACUUCACGAGGAACGGGUUGGUUGCCGCUUUUCUACGCGUACUAGAAUAUUAUGCCGGAAUCUUGUUCCUGACUACGAAUUGAAUUGGCUAUUUCGAUGAAGCAUUUGCUUCUCGAAUCCACAUGAGUCUUUAUUAUCCACCUCUGGAUGAAAUUGCCACCAACCGGAUCCUCAAGCUUAACUUUGACUUGAUUCGGGAUAGGUACAAGAAGAAUGGGCGGCCUAUUGAUAUUGAUGACUAUAGCAUCUACAGCUUUGUCACGAAGUUCUGGGUGGAGAAUCAGCAGGCUCGGUGGAAUGGACGACAAAUUCCAAAUGCCUGCCAGACGGCCUUGGCUCUAGCCGAGUUCGAGGCCUUACCAAAUGAUAAGAGGUUCGACCUCAAGUUCAAAUCAAAGGCCAAGGUACAUCUGAAACGCACAAAUAUUGAGACGGUCUCGGACGCCUACCUUGAGUUCAUCAAGUAUCUUAAAGCCGUCCAUGGCACUGAUCAAGAAACUCACGCUAAGGAGUUGGGUAUUCGGGCUAUCGAGCAAGUGUUUGACUCUAUGAUGAAUGAGAGAGUUUCAAGAGGAGGCAUUUCAGCGUCUCAAGAAAGAACACAGAACCAGAAUCCUCUUAGAUCCUUCAGAAUUCCAGACAGAUCACCACCAGCCACACAGACAUGCCCAUCUUUCGAGCACCAUAGCAGAGCCCCUUACAAUACCCCUGGGCCUGCAUAUAGGAAUCCAAGCCCUUCAUCAGGAACAGGGUAUUCAAGCCACGGAUACCAGCCAGACAACCCCUUCCUUCAAGCACCACAUGCACCUUCUGGAUAUGGAGCCACUCAGCAAUAUCCCAGACAUACACAGUCAGCGUCGCCAGAAGGGUCAUCCGCCUACCCACCUGGACCCUCUCGACCGCAAUACUAUCCUCAAGGUCAAGGAUCUGGCAUAGCUAACGACCCUCGCUUCGCCCAGUCGGUACCCGGCCAGGGAACUGGACCACAAUAUCAGGGUCGGCGCUCGGAAGGAUAUCCAGCCGCUGGGCAAGCGAUGGCAGAAUCUACAGGCGUAAACCUAACAUCGAUACCGGCCUCCUAUGGCACUGGGGAUCCUAAUACUCAGCACGGUGCUUCUAGCAACACUCAGUAAGUACGAGGACAGUGCCCAGGAAGCUAUGAAGAGGAAGAUAUGAUAUACGCGACUCCGUAUAGUGGCAAGGGCAGGUGGCUUGAAGUAGGAAGAGAAUCAAGAGGUGGAUAUAAGAAGAUGGCUUUAACGACUCUACGAUUUCAUAAGAUGAUAACCUUAACAAGCUUAUAUCAGUCAUAUUUCUCUAUUCAAGCUUCUCGGUGACUAUGUCACGAGGAUACUACCUUCAUUUAUUAGAAACGAAAUACAUAAUAAAGGGGUAGCUAUUACUAGGC